AUGACUUCCAGAUUGAUGCCGUCGGGCCGCCAGGCCAUGCGCAGCCCUUUCCGAUCCUUACGCCGAACCUUUGCGACAUCUCGAGCCUUUCUGCAGACCUUCAACUCUCAACAGGGCUUUCAUUCUCAGCUGGAGACAAUCGCUCCGGAGAUCCUUUCAUCUCUGUCCUCCAAGGCUGUGCCACAGACAUUGACCGAAAAGAUCGUUCAGAAGUACUCUGUCGGACUCGCCAAGGACAAGUAUGUCCAAUCCGGAGACUAUGUGACGAUUUCUCCCCAUCGCUGCAUGACCCACGACAACUCAUGGCCCGUUGCGUUGAAAUUUAUGUCAAUUGGUGCCUCCAAGAUUCACAAUCCUGAUCAGAUUGUGAUGACACUAGACCAUGACGUGCAGAACAAGACCGAGAAGAACCUCCAGAAGUACCAGCAGAUUGAGGACUUUGCCAAGCUUCAUGGAGUCGAAUUCUAUCCUGCAGGACGAGGCAUUGGUCACCAAAUCAUGGCUGAAGAGGGCCUGGCCUGGCCGGGAACCCUGUGCGUUGCCUCCGAUUCUCACAGCAACCACUACGGUGCGCUCGCCUGUUUGGGUACACCAAUUGUGCGAACGGAUGCUGCCAGUGUCUGGAGCACUGGUCAGACUUGGUGGCAGGUGCCCCCAAUUGCCAAGAUCAACCUGACUGGUGUGCUCCCCGCCGGCGUUACUGGUAAGGACGUGAUUGUGGCCCUUUGCGGUCUUUUCGACAAGGACGAUGUCUUGAACCACGCCCUCGAGUUUGCCGGCUCUGAGGAGACCAUGCACAGUCUGCCAAUUGACAGCCGUAUGACCAUUGCCAACAUGACCACGGAAUGGGGUGCACUUUCGGGCCUAUUCCCCAUGGACGAUGUGCUCAAGGGAUGGAUGAAGGGCAAAGCUACUCUGGCCGCAAUGGGCCUGGCUGACGGUCCUUUCAAGAGCACUGCCGCUCAACGUUUCACCCAUGAAGCCAUCGAAGAGCUCUUUGCCAACCCGGUGACCGCGGACAAGGGAGCCAAGUACUCCAAGGAACUCUUCCUGGACCUCUCCUCUUUGACCCCAUACGUGGCCGGUCCCAACUCGGUCAAAGUUGCUACUCCCCUGAGUGAGCUGGAGGCCGCUGACAUCAAGGUCAACAAGGCUUAUCUCGUCUCGUGCACCAAUUCUCGUGCAUCAGACAUUGCCGCCGCCGCCCGCGUUUUCAAGGAGGCUGCCGAGAAGAACGGUGGCCAGACGCCCAAGAUCGCCGAGGGCGUCCAGUUCUACAUUGCCGCCGCCUCCAUUCCCGAGCAGCUGGCUGCCGAGGAUGCAGGCGACUGGCAGGUUCUUGUCGAUGCAGGUGCCACCGUCCUUCCCGCCGGCUGUGGUCCUUGUAUCGGUCUGGGUGCGGGACUUCUUGAGCCCGGUGAGGUUGGUAUCAGCGCCUCGAACCGGAACUUCAAGGGUCGCAUGGGCUCAACUGAUGCCAAGGCCUACCUAGGCUCGCCCGAAGUCGUCGCUGCCAGCGCUCUCAGCGGAAAGCUCUCGGGUCCUGGCUGGUACAAGACCCCCGAGGGCUGGACUGGUGUGAAGCGUGGUGAGGGUGACGGUAUUGCCGAGGAAGAUCGCAUGCUCACCACCGAAGAAGCUCUGGAGAAGCUUCUCGGCCAGCUCGAUGACUUGGUGGCGGAUGGCGAGAAGAAGUUUGCUCCCGAGACCGCUACCGAAACCCAGAUUGAGCCAUCCGAGCCCGAGUCAUCAGAGACUGCCUUGACUGACGUUUAUCCCGGGUUCCCGGAGCGCGUAUCUGGAGAAAUCGUCUUCUGCGACGGAGAUAACAUCAACACCGACGGUAUCUAUCCCGGUAAAUACACGUAUCAAGACAACGUUCCCGUUGAGACCAUGGCCCAAGUCUGCAUGUCCAACUACGAUACCGAGUUCUCCAGCAUUGCCAAGGCAGGCGACAUUCUUGUUACCGGCUACAACUUUGGCUGUGGUUCAUCUCGUGAGCAAGCUGCCACCGCCAUCCUGGCCAAGGAGAUCCCUCUCGUCGUCUCCGGCAGCUUUGGCAACAUCUUCUCCCGGAACAGUAUCAACAACGCCCUGAUGGGACUGGAAGUGCCUCGUCUGGUCAGCCGUCUGCGCGAAACCUUUACUGAUGCCGAGGGCAAGGCUCUGACCCGUCGCACGGGCUGGACCUUGACUUGGGACGUACGCCGCAGCCAGAUUGAAGUUCAGGAGGGCCCCAACGGUUCCAAGUGGACUCAGAAGGUCGGCGAGCUACCUCCCAAUGUGCAGGAAAUCAUUGCCAAGGGUGGUUUGGAGAAAUGGGUGAAGAAUGCCAUUGAAGCGUGA